CGAACAGAAAAACAAGCUCCUGUGAAAGAAGAAGUGGCUGAAGACACAAAGCUGCAAUGUUCUACCACAGAAAAGAGAUUAUUUUACGAAAAAAUGUCAAGAUGAUGUGGAAGUUGGAGACACAGCGUUCUCCGGCCCACAGAAGAGUGUCAAUGUACAGGAGGACCCAAAACAAGACCCUGUGGUCCACGACACUCCGGCGACCUCUGACCCCGCAGAGGCUCCGAAGGAAAAGGCCAAGAAGAAAGCUCCCUGGUGGCGUCGGUUGUUCCGCCGUGAGGAGAAGGUAUAUGUUUAUCAGAGCUGAAUAUCACAACAAUUACCAAAAUCGUCAUUUGGUGGGAGUCCACUGGUCAAACCACUUUGGACGAAAAUAUACGCACACCUGACAAAACCGUUCACCUCAGCCAGCCCCGAAGACAAGCUCAUCUGCCUCGGGUAAGCUUCUCCUGAUCUCUUCUUCAACAGGUUUUUGAGCUGUUCUCUGCCAAAGAUCAUUGUUGCUGAUGGUAUCUGGCCAGUGGAUGUUUUAAGAUCCACCUCAGGCAGUUGUUUAUGAAUGUUUGGAGUUUUGUUAUUGUGGUCUUGGUUGUCCUCCACGUCUCUGAACCAUAGAGUAUUGGUUUUGAUGUUAGAGUCUUAGCUUUGUCCCCCGACUGAUUUCUUUGGAGCUCCAGAUGUUCUUAAGUUGUAUGAAUGGAGCCCUCGCCUUGCCGAUUCUGGCUCUGACAUCUGCAUCCCCCCCGUCCUGCUUUUCGAUGACACUACCAAGGUUCCCCAACCUGUCGCAGACCUGCUACAUGAACUCCACUCUGCAAGGCCUCCUGACCCUGAAACAUUUUGUUCAGGAGGUCCGCAGGCAGCAGCAGGUGUGGCGUUUUCACCCCAAGUCCAAGCUCCUCAGACGGUUUGUGGAGGUCGGCCGCAUCCACAACAACGAGGCACAGAAAAGAAGGAUCCUGACUGCCUUUAAAAGGACCGUCGCUGAGUUUAACUCAGAGUUUAAGGACCACAGUCUAAGCAUGUAUUAGAUG